AAGCAGCUAGAGCUGAGCAGGCUUCGAUUUUUCCAUGUGACUACUUCAAUGGCAAGUGGGUUCGUGACAGAGGUCCUCUGUAUAAUAGUUCGACUUGUGGUACAAUUAAACAAGGCCAGAACUGCAUCGCCCAUGGAAGACCAGAUCUGGGUUAUCUUUACUGGAGAUGGAAACCCACUCAAUGUAAUCUCCCCAGAUUCGAACCUACAGCUUUUCUACAACUUCUCAAGAACAAACACUGCUUUGUCGGAGAUUCCAUGGCCAGAAAUCAGCUAGAGUCCCUUCUUUGCCUUCUUGCCACUGCGUCAACCCCUAACCUCGUAUACCGAAACGGUGACGACAACAAAUUUCGCAGGUGGUUCUUCCCAUCUCACAAUGCGAGUCUCUCAGUUUACUGGUCUCCCUUUCUUGUGAAAGGUAUUGAGAAAUCAAGCACAGGACCAAAUCAUAACAAGCUAUAUCUGGAUAUUGUUGAUGAGAGAUGGGCAAGCGAAAUGGAUCAAAUGGACAUGAUUGUGCUGUCUAUUGGGCAUUGGUUCUUGCAUCCUGCCGUUUACUACGAGGCUGAUUCGGUCUUAGGUUGCCAUUACUGUCCUGGUCUGAACCACACAGAGAUAGGGUUCUACGAUGUGUUAAGAAACGCCUUAAGAACUGCCCUUAAUAGCAUCAUUGAGAAGAAAUCAGCAAAAAGGGAAGAAAUUGAUGUGACAGUGACAACAUUUUCGCCUUCACAUUUUGAAGGUGAGUGGGAUAAAGCAGGCGCUUGUCCAAAGACUAAGCCUUACCGAAAGGGAGAAAAGGAACUAGAGGGAAUGGAUAGUGAUAUGAGAAAGAUUGAGAUAGAAGAAGUGGAAGCUGCAAAAGAAAAAGCUAAGAAGAAUAACCAUAGAGGGUUUAGAUCAGAAGCAUUGGAUGUGACAAAAUUAGCAUUGAUGAGACCAGAUGGGCAUCCAGGUCCUUAUAUGAAUCCUUUUCCAUUUGCAAAUGGAGCUCAAGAACGUGUUCAGAAUGAUUGUGUUCAUUGGUUGCCAGGUCCUAUAGACACAUGGAAUGAAAUUUUUCUGCAAAUGGUGAAGAAAUGGGAGAAUGAGGACAGUAUGAAAUGAGGAGGGGCAUUGGUUGGCAUCUUCUAAAGGCAGGCGAGGAG